AUGGCCAAACCCCUAAAGACAAUCAUCUUCAUUUCUUAUGUCACUCUAUUCUCCUCCCUUUCCAAAUGCAAAUCCGACCCCUUAGCAAAUACGACCACCACCAAAGGCUUCUCCACCGAUCUCAUCCACCGAGACUCCCCCGACUCCCCCCUCUCCGAUCCUUCACUAUCGCCUUGGCAGCGCCUCGCCCAGGCCAAGCAACGAUCCCUAGCCCGCGCGAGCAUCUUCACUGACCGGCUCAUGCAACGAAAGUCGAUUGAAUCAACCAUCAACGGCGUCCACGGAACAUACCUCAUCCGAUUCUCCAUCGGCACUCCUCCCCACCACACGAUCGCCGUCAUGGACACCGGCAGCGAGCUCAUAUGGACGCAGUGCGAGCCCUGCACGAAGUGCAUGAAGCAGCUGUUCCCAGUCUUCAGCCCGGUAUCCUCCACGACGUACAAGGAUGUGCGGUGCGACUCCCCACGCUGCGGCACGUUCGGGCGCGCGUCCGUGUGCGACAAGAGGCGGGAGAAGUGCGUCUACAACGUGCUCUACGGCGACAAUUCUUACUCCAGCGGCACCGUCGCUACGGAGACGUUCACUUUUGCAGAGAGUAGGGGUGGAGCGUUGCAUUAUUUCAACAACAUCCAGUUCGGAUGCGGACAUGACAACUACUUCCAUUUUGCAAGCACCAUUCCAUCUGGAAUUGUGGGGCUCUCCGGUGGAAAAUCCUCACUGCUUAGUCAAUUUGGUUACGACAGUUUCUCCUAUUGCCUCACAACAUACGAAGAUCGUAAAAAGGGGAGCAAGCUGCAUUUCGGCGAAGACGCUGAUGUCACCGGCAGAACAAUGGUGUGGACGCCGAUGACCGAGAUGAACGUCCCGGAUUUGUACUUUGUGACCCUGGAAGCGAUCUGA